AUGGAAACAAAGAUAAAAGUGGAAAGGGUUUUCAGAGAGUAUGAUGAAUUAAUAGUAUAUACUAAAAGUGUAUUUCUUUUAGAAAGACCAAUUGAUUUAUCUGUAUUGUUUGCAGUAGCUUUAUUGGUUACCUAUAAAAUUUAUCAUUCUGAUAUACCUUUUUUCUCACUAUUAUUUCUUUUGAUUGCAAUUUAUUUUCUUUUGCAAUUAUUAUUUUUAAAUUAUAAAAAUAUUUCAAAAUAUAUUCCAACCAACAAAGUUAAAUAUGAUAACACUGAUGUAAUUAGUUUCAUUGUUGAAAUAAGAUUAAUGAUUGAUGAGUGCUUCAUUGAAAUUAAAAAAUCAAGAGAUUCAAACCAUAAUAGAUUUUAUUUAAAAUUGGCAAUGUUUUUUUUAAUAUUAAGUAUUGUCACUUUUAUGUUAUCUUUAUCUAUUAUAUUUUAUAUUUUAGCAAUUGUUUCAUUGUUUUUAUUACCAUUUGUUUUAUUUGGUAAAAAGCCAGAAAACACUAAAGGUGCUAAAAACAUGAUUGCUACUGGUAUAAUUGCAGUUGGAAAACCAAGUUUGAAAAUAGUCAAGGUAAUUUUAAGACACACAUAUAACUAUUUAUUCAGUAUCUCAUCUUUAAAUAGUGCAGAGGAACCAAGCACCAAUGCAAAUACUACAGAGAAUGAAGAACCACUGGAAACUGUAAAUGAACCAACCAAAGAAGAAGUAUUAGCUGAAGAAAAACCAAUUAAAUCGUCCAAACCCUUUAUGGUAUCCCCAUUCCACGAAGAUUUAGUUUGCUUAGUUGAAAUACCAAACAGUGAUAGAGAGCAAGAAUAUAGAAUUUCAAGUAAAGGUUUUGAAUUUUCAGAUUUAAAUGAUGGAGAAUUUAAUAUUAAUUUUAUUUUUAAAAAGGGUUUAUCUAAACCAAUUUCUUUAAAGAAAACUAAAAUAUUAAAAGAAAAUGGAGAGUAUAAACCAGGUUUUAUCGAUUUAUCAGCUUCAAUUAUUUCAUUAUCAUUUAAUGCAUAUGAUAAACCAGUUCAAAACUCAAAACUUACCGGUACAAUUCAAAUAGAGGGUGAAGAUGAGAUAUUAAAUCUCGAUUCAAUGACAGAUUCAAAGGGUUUUUAUAAGAUUGUCUUACCAAAAAGUAAAGUAGAAGUAAUGGUUAAAGGUAUGGUUGAUGGCAAACCAGUUUGUAUCAAUGAAAGCUAUAUUAUUGAAGAAUCAAAACCAGCAUCAAACAUUGAACAAGCUAAAACCAUUAGACCCAAAUCAUUCAAUAAAUCAGUUAACUGCACCAAUUACACAAUUACCACAACUGGUAAAAAGACAGUUUAUCUAUGUGAUAUCAGUGGUUCUAUGUCCCUCUCGGUUAAUGGUGUGCCUCAAAUCGAAAAAUUGAAAUCAACUUUAAAAAAGAAAAUUGAAGAAAACAAAAACUCAAUAUCAAUUGCAGCAUGGAACAAAAAGACCUCUUUUUCAAUUGGGAAUGAAUGGUUAAAUAGUGAAACUAAAAGCAAAAAUAAAAUCCGUCUCAUAAAUUGGGUUGAUUCUUUAAAUCCAUUUGGUGGAAAUGAUAUGAAGCAAGCAAUUUUAUCAAGCAUUUCUCAAUUUGGUGAUGCUGAAGAGUUUGUUGUACUUUGUGAUGGUGAUAUAUCACCAUUUGACUUGGCUAGCUGGUCCACUUUUUACAGAGAUAAUUCAAAAUAUAUAUUUUCUUUUGUUGGUAUUGGUAGUUCCUCAGACGAGGCAAUGAAACAAAUGUCCCAAAUUAGUAAUGGCCAAUAUUCAAGGGUUGAUUAA